AUGUCUGUUCCUAACUUCGGAGACAUCGCCAAGUCGGCCAACGACCUCCUCAACAAGGACUUCUACCACCUCUCUGCCACCACCUUCGAGCUCAAGAGCAACACCCCCAACAACGUUGCCUUCAAGGUCACCGGCAAGACCUCCCACGAGAAGAGCACCGCUGGAGCUAUCGAGGGCAAAUACUCCGACAAGGCUACCGGCCUGACCCUCACCCAGACAUGGAACACCGCUGCCGCCCUUGACACCAAGGUCGAGCUUGCCGACAGCCUCGCCAAGGGCCUGAAGGCUGAGGGUGUCUUCUCCUUCCUGCCCUCCGCUGGCGAGAAGGCCGCCGCCAAGAAGGGCGCAAAGUUCAACCUUACCUUCAAGCAGAGCAACUUCCACAGCCGCGCUUUCUUCGACCUUCUCAAGGGCCCCACCGCCAACAUCGACGCCGUUGUCGGCCACGAGGGAUUCCUCGCGGGUGCCUCUGCCGGCUACGACGUCAACAAGGCCUCCGUCACCGGCUACGCCGCCGCUGUCGGCUUCCAGGCCCCCACAUACUCCGCUGCCAUCACUGCCAGCGACAACCUCAGCGUCUUUGCUGCCUCCUACUACCACAAGGUCAACUCCCAGGUUGAGGCCGGUGCCAAGGCUACCUGGAACUCCAAGGCCGGCAACAACGUCGGUCUUGAGGUUGCCAGCAAGUACCGCAUCGACCCCGUCUCCUUUGCCAAGUUCAAGGUCAACAACAACGGUGUUGCCGCUCUCGGCUACAACGUCCUCCUUCGCGAGGGUGUUACCCUGGGUCUUGGUGCCUCCUUUGAUACCCAGAAGCUCGACCAGGCAACCCACAAGCUCGGUGCCAGCUUCACCUUCGAAGGCUAA